AGGAGGCUCAGUGCGCCGGGGAGCGUCAGGGGAGCAGGACACACCGCGGAGGGAAGCGGACACGGUGGAUCCCUCCUCAGCUUCAAAGGAAACCCUUUGCUGCUUUGACUGGGGGAUCCAGUAGAAAAACCAAAGGGGUUAAAGUUGAGCUUUGAUCUGGGAGGAAAGGAACCGGUGUUUGGCAGGAGGGAGACAGAGAUGCUGCUCCAGCCCGACACGGUGCAGCGCGCAGUCCGCCUCCAAGGCUGCUGAUGCCCGCCGCGGUGCGGGGAUCCCCACCCAGCAGCACCGGGAGGAGGUCGGCACAGCAGGGCGUCCAGGAGAGGAUGCUGUUUGGGUCCGAACCAUGGCGAACGGAACCGGUUCUAUCAUGCUGAAAUGCGUCGUGGUUGGAGACGGUGCGGUGGGUAAAACGUGUCUCCUGAUGAGCUAUGCCAACGACGCCUUUCCAGAGGAGUAUGUGCCCACGGUGUUUGAUCAUUAUGCAGUGAGUGUCAACGUUGGAGGGAAGCAGUACUUGCUGGGACUGUAUGACACAGCUGGCCAGGAGGAUUAUGACCGCCUGAGACCUUUGUCCUACCCCAUGACCGAUGUCUUCCUCAUCUGCUUCUCAGUUGUCAACCCGGCCAGUUUCCAAAAUGUGCGAGAGGAGUGGGUGCCGGAGCUGCAAGAGUAUGCACCCAGUGUUCCUUACCUGCUCAUUGGCACACAGAUUGACCUUCGCGAUGACCCAAAGACCAUCGCAAAACUGAACGACUUGAAGGAGAAGCCAAUUGCCACUGAGCAAGGACAAAAACUGGCCAAGGAGAUUGGAGCUUGUUGCUAUGUGGAGUGUUCAGCACUGACCCAGAAGGGCCUGAAGACGGUGUUUGACGAGGCCAUCAUUGCCAUUUUGGCUCCAAAGAGAAAAAAAGGAUCCCUGAAGAGAAGACUGGGACCCCGCUGCAUCAACUGCUGCCUGAUAACGUGAUGCGGCUGCCCUGUGACCUUUAGGGAAAAGAACGCAAACCAAACAUGGACUGAAGACAAAAGACAGGCUAAGGAAAAAUGCUAAGACAAAAACAAGGAGGGUUGAUGGACAAAACAAGAACUACGUGAUUCUAAGAUUCAUGACUCUGGAAUAAAAAAAAAAAUGUCUCCUGUGCCGUUUUUACCAAAGGAGCUCAAAGCCCUGUCAGUCUCUUCUUCUACAAGACUUUUGCCUCAAAAGUACCUUCUUUUAUAACCAUUUAAAUCAUUUUUUUGUUUGUUAAUGUCAAUGUAUGCCAUUAUAAGCAACAGGAAAUACAAAUGACAUUUCAACUAUAAGAUCAAUCUUUAUUCAUAAAUAUAUCUAUUGUUUUUAACAAGGAGUUUUUAAUAAUAUGUUUAUAUUCCAAAACGAUGAAAGAAAAUGAGUAUGAAGUAAUGAAAGUGUCCUGGGAGAACUGGUGUGUUCAAAUUUUUUGUUUUAAGCCCAGCUUUACAUGUUGAAGUGCUCCAUAUUUGGACCUACAGCGUAAACCACUGAUAGUACAGCGCUGUUCAAAGAUGUAUUUCUAAGAUUUCUGUUGAUGAUGAUUGUUCUGAAGUAGGAUAUGCUAAAAUACUCCAAGGUAGGAAGAGACUGAGGAGUUAACAAGAAAAUAAAAAGCUUUAUUAUUCAUUUUUAGAAUCUAUAACAACCAGAGUUUAUGAGAUUGUAUCAGUAAAUCAAAUAUCACUGAGAUCAUAUUUAUCAGCUAAAGAAUUACUUUUUGUUAUUGUGUAGUAACAAGCUAUGUUUUUAGCUGUUUUAAAAGAGAACAUGAGGAUUAACUUGAUUUAAGAAUUUAAUCUUGUUUUUCUCUCAAAGAAAAAAAUGCACACUUAUCGUUAGAGGGCAUAUAUCAUCAUUUUUACUAUAUUUUCUGUUAAACUUCUUUUUUGUCUCUUUUUUUUUCAUUUUUAAUACUUUGUCAUAUAACAUAUUUCUCCUUUAAAAGUAAAAAACAAAAAUCAAAAGCUAGCACAGAG